GCCCAGGGCGCUGGGGCUCGCCCACGGCGGCACUGGGCAUGCUCAGAGGCGGCCGCGCGGGCAGCUUCGCUUCGCAGGCGCUAGCACUCGGCGGCGGGCGGGCGCGCGGCUGCAGCUGGAGCUCCAGCGCCCGGAGUUGGAGUUGCCGGGAGUUUCCCCCCGCUCCCCCUUGCGCGCGGCAGCUGGAGCCGGCGCGGCAGCCGCGAGCGGCGGCUAGCCAGCACCCGGGCGGGCCGAGCCUUGUCCGGAGCCCGGAGCCCCGCGCGGGGCAGCUCCCGGGGAGGAGCCUUGCGGGCUGGGUCGCGUGCAGCGCACUGGCACUGCCGGGGCACGAACCGGGCUGCAAGCCUUCCCUUGAGGUUCUCUCCUGGGUACCAUCUUUGUGUGGCAUGCAAAUGAGGAUCUCCCUUGUCUGUCACUCAAGCAGUAUUUAAUGAGCUGCUGUGGCUUUGUACUAGGAAUUGGGAAGAAUGAGGCAUUGGCUCUUUUUGCCCUGGAGAAGCUCAGAGACUCAUAAUGAUGCGGAAGGUGCUAUAUUAGCCAGUCUGUGGAUUCCUGCCUGUGGUGGGAUAAUCACAGCCCGAAACUUCACCAAAAUUGCAAAGAAAACUCACUGCGUGCCCUGCUUGCUUGGUCAACAAUGAGUGCCAAGUCUGCCAUCAGCAAGGAAAUUUUUGCACCUCUUGAUGAAAGGAUGCUGGGAGCUGUCCAAGUCAAGAGGAGGACAAAGAAAAAGAUUCCUUUCUUGGCAACUGGAGGUCAAGGCGAAUAUUUAACUUACAUCUGCCUGUCAGUGACAAACAAGAAACCCACACAGGCAUCCAUUACGAAGGUCAAACAGUUUGAAGGCUCCACGUCGUUCGUGCGGAGAUCACAGUGGAUGCUUGAGCAGCUUCGCCAGGUUAAUGGCAUCGAUCCUAAUCGGGAUUCUGCAGAGUUUGAUUUGUUGUUUGAAAAUGCUUUUGACCAGUGGGUAGCCAGCUCGGCCUCAGAAAAAUGCACCUUCUUCCAGAUCCUCCACCACACCUGCCAGCGCUACCUCACAGACAGGAAGCCAGAGUUUAUUAACUGCCAGUCCAAAAUCAUGGGAGAUCUCCCUGGGGAGAGGAACCAAGAUGGCGGAGUAGAAGGACGUACUCUCACUCCCUCUUGCGAGAACACCAGAAUCACAACUAGCUGCUGGACAAUCAUCAACAGGAAGACACUGGAACUCACCAAAAAAGGAAACAGCAUCCUCCAUUCAGCGGCCGACAGUGUGACCAGUGCAGUGCAGAAAGCGAGCCAGGCCUUGAACGAGCGCGGGGAGCGCUUAGGCCGCGCAGAGGAGAAGACGGAAGACAUGAAGAACAGCGCCCAGCAGUUUGCAGAAACUGCACACAAGCUUGCCAUGAAGCACAAAUGUUGAGAAACUGCCUCUCCUGGUGACCUCUUAAGAGAAAGUGAAGUUUGUUCAGCUGUUUUUACAAGAAUUCUGGACCUCCGCUUGCUUCUUUUUUUCCCAAAAUGUGGACCUUUAGGUUAUUUUUCCUUUUCAGAUGUUAAUAUGAGAGAAAAGAUGUUGUGUUUAUACAUUUCCCUAAUAAUCUUGCUAAGAAAUGCUGCAAGCAUCAGCUUUAUUUUUUUCCCACUGUGUGUAUGCGUGUGUCUGUAUGUGUUUUCUCUUUAAGGCUUUUUUUUUUUUUUUUGGUAGUUUGAAUAUGAAAUUUGGACCAAAUGAUAUAUUGAGCUAGGUCUAAACUGUAUUUUUUUCCUGAUAUUAAGCAGGAAGCCAUUUUAAUGUGGUGACGUCAGAUGUUAUUGUUCCUGGUUGGAAAUAAAAGUCAAGCAGUGAUUGGCUUCACUCAGUUUCUUAGCUACUCUUAAUCUGAAGGUUAAGAUUCUAUAUCCUGAGACACAAAUCUGUAUUAGAAAAAACAAUUGGAUUUAUCAGGGGAAACAGCAGUCUUAGAUUUUGCUUUUCGUGUAGUAACUUCUUGCAUGAGCCAUCACCAGCAUUCAAAAAAACAAAUCAGAAUCACAGAUAGAAAUCUACUUUCUGAGCUACAGUUUAAAUUCUUUCAUUACUUGUUUCCAGGCUGAUUAUUUAGAAUUACCGUAUAAAGGAUAAAAAUUUGAGAUUAAAGACCUAAGGAAAAGCCUAUUUAAAAACCUCUGUGCAUUCAUGAAUAUUUCUUUGUCACUGUCCCAAAUUACGGUAGCUGGUCUUGAAAAGAGCUUGGAUUUUUAUCAAGAAUUGAUUUGUCCAGAUAAAGGUCUGUGUAAAGGAUAAUGUGAAAAGAUACUACAUUUAAAAUCUUUUUUCUUUUCUUUUUACAAAGUCAUGCCUGUUUAGAGACGCCUUCAUAAUGUCCUUGGGAAAUGGCCUUCGGUUCUUGGUAUCUGAUUUUUGGAGGUUUUGAUGUUGUUAUUGCUGUCUAUUAAUCUAAUUUAAAGUGUGGGUUUUUCUUGACAAAUUGCAUUUCAUGGCAAUUGCAACUUGCCUGGUCUGACAUAAAACAGCACAGUCAUAAAGCCUUUACAUUGCAGUCAGACUGAAUGAGGUUGGUUCAUACAGCUCCUGAUUUUGUAUCACUCAACACAGGCCUGGAUUUUCGGUCUAGGAGUUUGGUUUCUUAGAAGGUUAAAAUGCUAAAUAUAAAAGCUGUGUGCUUUGUCUUUCUGAAACAAGGAGGCAAGCUGUACAUCCCAGAUACAUUCUCAGCCUCCCGCUGCGAUGCAUUGAUUUUUUUAAGCUGCCUGGAUCUUUAGGACCCCUUUCUAUUCCUUCCUACCCAUUGAGGCCAUGUGUAUUGUAGGCUCUUACAUAGCAGCAUAUGAUGACUUUGGGAUUAUUUAUGCUGAUUUAAAUAGCUUAAGUUCUCCUGAUAAAGCAUUCCCAGGGAGAUAGAAAAUUGGGCUAUUGUGGGGAAAAAUGAUCUUAGUCACUAUGUGUCAAAAGGGAGAUGGGAUUUGCCAGAGACAAAUUUCUGAAUCCUCUUAGGGAGAUGAUCCAGUUCAAGAAAACUCUAUGUAAAAUUUAUAGGGUAAACUAUAUAAGUUUACUAUAAUAUUUUGUACUUUUCUUUUGGUGUCUUAAAAGUGUAAAGAAGCAAGGAACUUGCUAUCUGGUGAGUACCAUUAGAAGCAUUUACAAUUUCUAAGAAAAGCUGAAAAUAUCACACCAAAUAGGUUUUCUUUGCAGGCCUCAGUAUAGAAAAUGCACGUGCGCACGCGUGCACACACACACAGAUAUAUUCAUCUUCCCAAAUUGAAUUCUAGCUUCAGAUAGAUAGCUGGUAUAAAUAAUUGAAAUGGUAAAUCUAAAACACCCUGACAAUCAGCCAAACUCAAUUUGUCGCCAAGUAUCUAACAACAGUGUAUGUGAAGCUGCUUCUAAAGUAGCAGAGGGUGAGGUCAUAAGCAUACUGUGAAAUUUGAGAUUUUUUCCUCUCCGGUAGACUUGUGAUAGUUACUCUUCAUAAAUGUAAGUACUCCACAUCUUGCCCUCUUUUCCUCACUCUCUGCUUAUCCUUUUAGACUUAAGUCUUCUUGGAAAUGUCCUGGAUUUGAAGAAAGCCUAUCUGCAUUGUUAUUACCUUCCUCUAUUGAUUUGCUUCCAGGCUGUGGUCAUGUCCUUGACCUCCCUGUGUCCAAGUCCUACUACAUAGGGCUCUGCCCACAGAGAGGCCAAACAGCAACCCCAGUCCCUCCUGGACCUCCUGACUUCUUGCACAGGAGCGAGCCCUGUGAUGACAUACAUGAGGUUCUUUGCUAUCCUUUUGUAGAAGGUGCUUCAAUACAAAAUAUUAAUACAAUCUAACCUAGAGAAAAUUGCUAAAAUGACUCACGUUAUUUGGGACCAAUUCAGUGGCUUGCUAAAAGACAUUUCAUCUCUUUGUUUCAUUUCUGCACCUCACUAUUGAGUUUUGGAAAUACUACAUUUCAGUGAAGGAUUUCUUAAACUGUAUUGACAACUCGUAAAGAAAAGAGACUUCCCAGUGUUCUCACUUCUUCCUGGAAUGUAGCUGUAGUAUUCUUCCCUAGCACUAUUAAGUACCUGUGUACAGGAAGUAGACAGUGAUUCAGGUUAAUGUUUCAUAUUAAAGAAGGUAUUUGUAAAAUGUAACAAGAUCAAUGUAGUUAACUUUUUUAAGCUCUGAAAAAAUAAAGGUUAUGUGUUAGACUUAAAAUUACAGUGAAAUCUGUCUUAAUACUACUUUUGUGGCUAACAAAAGUUAUGCAUUUAUGUAAAAAUAUUUACAGAAUGCCCACAACAAAGGAUAUUAAAGAUAGGUUUCACUUUUAAUUUUUAGAAUUGUGACACUGCUGAUGUCUGUUGUACAGUUAUUAAUUCUUCAGAAGUUCCCUAAGAUGUCAAAUAUCAUUUUUGUUCCUUUCAGAGACAAGUAACACCUGCUCUGUGAUUCACUAAUACAGCAAACUCUAUAAUUUUGUCAUUAAAUAUUUGAACUCUG